AUGAGUACGAUAAAUAUUCAAAUUGAAAACAUUCAUUGUGAACAAUGCGAAUUGUUUCUUAAUUCACUGUUAUCACAGAUUUUUAAUUUGCCCCCAAAUGCAAACGGUGUCAAUGAUCCCUCAAAUCCAAGUUUACAAGACUCUUCUUUCACUCUGAGGCCACCUUCAUCAUCGAUAAUUUCGAAGAUUAAAUUCAAUAAAAUUGAUGCAGCUGAAUUUAUAGUGGAUCGAGAUGCAGGAUUAUGUACAAUUGGGUUUGCUCAGGAAGUUAAUUCCAUUCAAUUGUGUCAAAAAAUUAGAGAAGCUUUGGAAGAUGCCGGAUUUUUCGUUUUAGACAUUUAUGCAUUAAAGGAUUUAGAAAGCCUUAGAGCACCUGCUAUUGGUAGAGCAUCGCAAUUGAGUAUUAAAUAUUGGUUGGAAAAACUUUUACUUCAUAGGAAAACUGAUGCUCCCAGUAAGAAACUAAGAAUUCAUAAGGAACAUUGUGAAUACUGCCGUUCUCAUGAUGACAAGGAGCACUCACAAGAGGAAAAUGAUAAUUCAGAAGUUGUGGCGUAUGAUAUUACACUGGCAAUAGAAGGUAUGACUUGUGCUUCUUGUUCGAGUAGAAUUGAGCAGGUAAUUAGUGAUCAAUUGUCAGAAGGAGAAGAUGUUGGUGUAGAUCUUAUGACUGGUAUGGCCAAAGUAAUACUCAAGGACAAAAAAUCACUACAACCGAUGAUUGAAUCCAUUAGAGAUUCCGGUUACGAUGCAGAAAUUAUCGGAAUUGUUAACGUAGCCAAAAAUUCGAAAUUUAAAAUGGUCGCAGCCAUUGGUGGUAUAACUUGCGCAGCUUGUGCAUCCACCAUCAACCAUGCUGUUCAAGACUUGCCAUUCAUUGACGAAGUUGCCAUUAACGUUGUAUCAAAGACAGGUAUUUUCAUACUGAACUCAAAGAGCAAGAAUGAGUUAGAUCAAUUGAGAGAAACUAUUGAAGAUACAGGUUAUGAUUUUGAACCCAUUGGUAAUAUAGAGCCUGUCAAUUACGGCCCUUCAAAAUCAAUUCGUAGAAGUAUCAUGCUGCGUAUUGAUGGGAUAUACUGUUCUCAUUGUCCUGAAAGAGUUUACAAUGCAUUGAAGCAAUUCAAAGGAUCUGAAAUUGUUAUCGAUAAACCAAUGUCACUGAAUGACCCUAUCGUUAAAUUCACUUAUACCCCAAAUGUGGGACAAGGAAUUACAAUUAGAUCAAUCGUCAACGCUAUAAUGAAAGAGGUGUCAGUUAAUCCUGAUAACAAUUUCAAAAUUAGUAUCGUGGAAGAACUGACUUUGGAAGAGCACUUGAAGAUAAUGGCUAAAAAAAAUACUAGACAAAUCCUGAUUAAAUUGGCCAUAACUACGGCGGUUACUAUCCCAACAUUUGUGUUUGGGGUUGUGGGUAUGUCAUUGUUAAAGAAAAGUAAUGGUUUCAGAAGAUGGCUAGAGGAGCCUCUGUGGCGUGGUAAUGUUGCAAAAAUUGUUUGGAUCCUAUUCAUAUUGAGCACACCUGUUUAUUUCUUUAUUGAUGAUAUUUUCCACAGGAAAGCCAUCAAAGAAGUUAGGGCACUAUGGUUACAGAAGAAUAAUUGGCAGAGAAGAAUCUUCAAAUUUGGUAGUAUGAACCUGUUGAUGUCAUUAGGUACUUCUGUGGCAUAUUUUGCCAGUAUCAUUCUGUUGGCAUUAAGUGCUUCUAAAAAAUCGCAUACCGACAAAAUGCCUGAUACAACCACGUAUUUUGACUCAGUGGUUUUUUUAAGUUUCUUUCUACUCAUCGGUAGACUUUUGGAGGGGUUUUCCAAAAGUAAGAGUGCUGCUGCUAUCACUAACCUUAGCUCCAUGAAACAGCAUUCUGCUAAAUUGCUCGAAAACUACAAGUCUGACAUGUCUACUGAAAGAACAGUUGAUGUGAAAUACUUAGAAGUAGGGGACUACAUUAAGAUAAGUUCUGGUGAAUCACCACCAGCAGAUUGUAUCAUAGUUCAAGGUGAAACACAAUUUGAUGAAAGUGCAUUGACUGGAGAAUCAAUACCUGUUACCCACUACCCUGGUGAACAAAUAUUCACAGGUACCGUAAACAUUGGUAGAGGUACCGUGGUAGCCAAAUUGAUUGCACCAGAAGGUGAUUCAUUAUUGGACAAAAUCAUUGGCACCGUGAGAGAUGGUCAAUUAAAAAGAGCUCCUGUGGAAAAAUUAGCAGAUGCGCUGACGGGGUAUUUUGUUCCUAUCAUAACUUUCCUUGCAGUCAUGACUUGGAUAAUAUGGUUGAGUUUAGGUUACUCACACAGAUUACCCCGUAGUUAUCUCGAUAAAGACGUCGGAGGUUGGGCAGUAUGGUCACUGGAAUUUGCAAUCUCAGUUUUCGUCGUCGCAUGUCCCUGUGGUUUAGGGUUGGCUGCCCCCACUGCUCUUUUUGUCGGUUCUGGAUUAGCCGCCAAGUAUGGUAUAUUGGUUAAAGGUGGUGGUGCUGCAUUUCAAGAAGGGUCCCAAAUUUCUGUCGUUUGUUUCGAUAAGACUGGUACCUUAACCAAAGGUGGUGCUCCCAAGAUAAGUGAUUACGCUAUCAUUAGUAACCCCAAAAUGAGAGCCGUCACUGCUCAUUUGGUCAGAGAUUUAGAAGCUAAUUCCAAACAUCCACUAGCACUUGGUGUAACCAAUUUCAUAUCAGAAAAUUUUGCACCAGAAGGUAAGACUAGGGUCCCAGAAACCGAAGAAGUAGCAGGUAAAGGAAUGAAAGGUAGGGUUGAUCUGACGACAGAAAAUAAUGACAUUUGGAAUGAAUUGAGUCCAGAGGGUAUAAUUCUCGGUAACGAAAGGUUUAUGUCUUCCAACGGAGUAAGUUUAACCAGUCAUCAUUUACAACUUCUUCAUGAUUGGAAAGUGGAAGGUAAAAGUGUAAUAAUAGUAGCCAUUGAAAGCCCCAAGUUUUUCCAAAAGCCUGGUUAUUUCCCGGUUAUGCUAUUGGCCGCUAGAGAUGAAAUAAGACCAGAAUCUUCAAGCGUUAUAAAAGGAUUACAAGAAAUGGGUAUUGAAUGUUGGAUGAUUUCUGGUGACAACGAACUAACUGCCAGAUCUAUCGCCAAAGACCUCGGAAUAGACCAAGUAGUGGCAGAAGUUUUGCCGCAGGAGAAGGCAGACAAAGUAGAAUGGAUCCAACAGACUUAUAGACGCAAGAACGGUAAACCUGCUGUGGUAGCAAUGGUAGGUGAUGGUAUUAACGACACACCUGCUAUGGCAAAGGCCGAUGUAGGUAUUGCACUAGCGUCUGGUUCCGAUUUAGCAAUGAUUUCAUGUGAUUUCGUCCUACUCUCAUCCACCUACACUUUAAAGUCACUAUUGAUUUUAUUUCAACUCUCGAAAAAAGUUUUCCGAAGGGUACGUUUCAAUUUCGCAUGGGCCAUAUGCUAUAACGUUAUAACUGUUCCCAUCGCUGCAGGCGUAAUAUACCCUCACAAACAUGCAAGACUAUCACCAGUAUGGGCAAGUGCCGCUAUGGCAUUUUCAUCAGUUUCUGUGCUCUUGAGCAGUUUGGCAUUAAGAUUCUACAAGCCCAAGGAGGUGUCAUUAACAGAAGAUACUGUUUUACCAUCAGUCUCCCAAGAACACAAAUUCAAUUGA